AUGUUGGGGUAUGUGUACUCUGAGCCAGUAGACAGUGCGCGCAAGUCAACCCGUCGUCGAUCCGGUAGCCAACUUCUUUAUGCCUCCACUGACAGUCGUCCCUUCCACUCCUCCAAGGAGGAGGUUCGUAAGAAGUUGGACUUCUGGUCGGAACUACGCAAGUGGCAUAAACCCGUAGCUGCAGAAGAAACCCCAGAUCUUUCUAAAACUACGGACGGUAUUCCAGACGAUGAAAACGACGAAGCCAGUGCUGAACAGUCUUACGCCGACGAUGAGGUUACCAUAAAUCCUCGGACCCUUACGCUACAUGAGGACGGUGCGCCUGUGGUGACACCCGGAAGGCCUCAAAGUCCUGAGACCUCUCAGCUAGACUCCGCUCCAGUCCUCUUCUGUACCUCCCGUCUGUUCAAACACCUCGAGGCCGUCUCUUCCGAGGGUCUAUCCACCAGCUUCACGUUCUCUCCUCCCAUCAACCUUCUGGUAUGUUCAAGUGCUCUCCCACCAUACUACCGUGUCCUACAUCAGCCCUUCAACUGCCAGUAUAUUCCAGUCCCAUGUGACUGA